AAUCGCGAGCGUGCUCUCCUCCACUUCGUUCCCACUUGCCCCCACCUCGCCUCGCCUCGCCAUCUCCGCUCGCUGUCGUGCCGCGCGCCCGGCGGCCCAGAUCCCCGCGGGCGAGCCUCCGCCAGUCAGCCAGCGAAGCCACCAUGGACCGUCUCCGGGCGGGGAGCCCCGUCUACGGGCGGCAGCGCAGCGGGAGCAGCACGGGCUCCACGUCCCCCGGCGGCGUCUCCCCGUCCCACCACCGCUCCUCCUCCACCUCCUCCGCCGCCUCCUUGCCCGGCGCCGCGGGAGGUGCCGCUGCGGGGGGCAUCUCCAACGUCCGCCGCACGCAGAACGUCGCGGCGCGCGCCGCCGCCGCGAGGCUCGCGCAGGUCAUGGCCUCCCAGAGCGCCGCCGCGGCCGCUGGUGACGAGGACGACGAGGACGACUACACCGCGGAUCACCCGCCCCCGCCCCCCAUCAGGUUCGGCAGCGGCGCCCGCGCCGCGCACGGCAGCAACGGCGUCUCCCUGCUCGGCCGCACCGCGAGAUCUCCCUCCCCUGCGUUAGGUCGGAACAUUGUAGAGCCACCUCCUACAGUACGCUCAACAUCAGCCGGGAGGCCAUCAGCCAUUGCAUCACGGCCAACCACGACGGUGGUGCCACCAAUCAAAACCAACUCGACAUUGCGAACCCCAUCCCCUAUUCCGCCUGUGUCUGUGGAGCCUCCAGUGGAUCGCAGUUGGCAGAAAAGGUUUGAUACAGGGUCCCUUAACUCUAGAGAUUCAGCAACACCACAAAGACAGUCAUCUACACUUCAAGACGAGCUUGAUAUGCUACAAGAGGAGAAUGAUGGUGUUCUAGAAAAGUUACGACGUGCUGAAGAAAGAUGUGAGGAAGCAGAAGCUAGAGCCAAGGAGCUUGAGAAACAGGUAGCUGCUCUCGGAGAUGGGGUAUCCUUAGAAGCUCGCCUAUUGAGCAGGAAGGAAGCAGCACUUAAACAGAGGGAGGCUGCUCUAAAGGCUGCAAGGGAAUCAAGUGAUGGUAGAAAUGGGGGAACAAUAAAGCAAGAACUCGAGUCUGCCAAAGAGGAGGUUGCAUCUGCUAUGGACCAGCUAAAGGAAGCAGAAUCUGAGACAAAGGCUCUCCGAUCCAUGACUCAAAGAAUGAUCUUAACCCAAGAAGAAAUGGAAGAGGUUGUCCUAAAAAGGUGCUGGCUUGCACGUUAUUGGGGUUUAGCAGUUCAAUACGGAGUUUACCCUGAGAUUGCGAUAUCAAAGCAUGAACAUUGGUCAUCUUUAGCUCCUCUUCCUCUCGAGGUUGUUCUCUCUGCUGGUCAAAAAGCUAAGGAGGAGCCUCGUAAGCAAGGUGAGGAUGAUGCUCAGAGAAGAAAUAAACUUGUGCGAGAUAUGAGUGACAUAAUGGGAGAAGGCAACAUAGAGAGCAUGCUUUCAGUUGAAAUGGGACUUAGAGAGCUUUCAUCUUUGAAGGUGGAAGAUGCUGUUGUGGUUGCACUUGGUCAACACCGGCGACCUAGCAUAGUUCGGCAGUUCACAUCAGAUUAUAAAACACCCGGUGAACCUAAAUACUUGGAAGCAUUUGACCUUAGCCCAGAAGAGGCCGAGGAUGUUAGCUUUAAGCAUGCAUGGCUUAUCUACUUCUGGAGAAGAGCCAAAAGUCAUGGUAUUGAGGAAGAUAUUGCUGAUGAACGACUUCAAUUUUGGAUUGGUCGCAAUGCGCAUGCUCCAAAUUCUCAUGACGCUAUAGAUGUGGAGCGAGGUCUGACAGAGCUCAGAAAAUUGGGCAUAGAGCAACAAUUGUGGGAGGGCACGCGUGCAGACAUAGAUGAAGCUGCUUCAGCGAUGGAGAAUGGAGAAUGAAUAAGCAUUGCAUCAUGAAUUCAUGAUUGUGUUUACGCUCUCAUCCCAGUUUUGGAGAAAAUGGGAACUCUGGUUCCCAGCAGGUCUCAGGCCCUUCGCUACCAUCGGACCAAUAUCUCCGAGCGAUGCUUCAGUCCUCCAGUGCUGAGCAAUGGACUUUGUUCAAAUUCAAUUAUGAGGAGUUUGUGUAGUGCAAGAGCAAUCCAUUUACCCCCUUUGUUAAAAGUAGCUUUGUGAAAUGUGUAAUUGUCUUCUUCUUUCCCAGGCAAUACGACAGACAAUGACCUCACUCCACCCAGUAAUUGUGAAUUUUGUGAUUAUCCCCCCAUGCGUACCUACUCUCUGCUGUCUAGUCUUUGACAAGGAUACUUCGUUGAGGAAAUGAACAAAGAGCUAUUUUGGUUCCA